ACAUCAAUUAUAUUCUUUGUCCGUCGUCUCUGGUCAAGCGAGAAAAAAGUCCGCAUUGAGCUCAGUUUGGCCUUUUGAAUUGACCCGUGUAGACUAAGAAGAGGAAAUUGGACUACUAGAACAGGCAACAUGGAUUAUGUGUGGGUCAUCAGUUUAGCUGUUUUACUGGGUACCAACUUUUUGCUUGCUCAAAACCAAGGAUCAUCCUCAUCCAACCCUUCCUGGGACCCAAACCCUCAAUUUGGCAAUAGCGGAGGAGGGGGAGGGGGAGGUGGACAAUCAGGCAACAAUUGGGGAACACAAAAUAAUGGAUGGUCCAAUCCUUCUUCACAAUCUUCCAAUCCCAUGAUGGAGGCAGCCAAUAUGGCGGCCAUGAUGAGUUUAGCUGGAAUGGGAGGAAAUUCGGGUGGCGGAUCCAUGGGCGGGAUGGGUGGUAUGGGAGGCUUGGGUGCAAUGUCUGGUAUGAUGAAUCCUAUGUCCCUAAUGUUGAGUAUGCAGGCUAGCAGAAUGGGAGAUAACUUCAAUCCUAACCCACCUGAAGUUGUAUAUACACCUAAUCAAUGUCCAUCAUUUACAACAUUCCGCCAUUGCCAAAUCAAUCCUUGUCCUGUAAGAUGUAAAAGAUUUCCGGCUGCAAGAUGUGUAACAAAUCCAUGCGGUGGCUGUGCUCCAGAAUGGUAUCAGGGAGGAAACAGAAUCAUAGACUGUGAUUAGUUAAUUACAGGUAAAUCCAGUAAACAUCGAGCUGAAGAACAUGGAACAGUUUUGUGUUGUACAAAGUCAGAAUUCCACAAGACCCAAAUUUAUCAAGGGAUCUGAUAUUUAUUUAGAGCUUUUAUAAAUUCACAAAAAGAAUAUCAAAAGAAAUGAGACAUUGUACAUGUAUCAUUAAUUACAAUAUUUAGUAACACA